AUCGAUCACGGAUCACGGGGAGCUGGCCUUUAGCUAGCGGGAGCAUAGCGUUUUUAGCCGCUCGCCUGCCUCCUCGCUGGCCCCAAAGUGCAACCUGCCUCCUCUAUUCCUCUCAGUCCUCUGAGCCUGCCACUCUGCACUCUACGCAUCCUCCCCUUCUCUCUCUAACACACACACUCCACCAUCGCAUGCACAUUGAAAACCGAAGAACACACUAGCUAGUUGCGUUGUGCUUCAUUUCAGAGGCAAUGGCAGAGUUGCCACCUUUGCUUAAUGGGUUCUUCGACGAGGGCCACCGUUGCCACGGGUGGAUAGCCCCCUCCCACGUUCAGGCUGUGAGGCUAUACAAAAUGGGAUCCCGAUCCGCGUUUUGUGCCUCGUCUAGCAGUCAGCGGCCUACUGUCGUUGGCUAAGAUGUUAUCUACGGGAAACAGCCUUAUGCUUGACAGUUCUCUGUUGACAACAUUGGUUGACAGAUGGAGACCGGAGACACACACCUUCCACUUCCGGUGGGGGGAGAUGACCCCAACUCUGAAAGAUGUGAGCAUGAUCACCGGUUUGCCACUCGGUGGUCUGCCGGUCGUGCCACAACCAGAAACUCUCACCUGGCGUGAGGACCUGGGACAACGGUUAGGUAUUGCACUCCCGAGAAAGGAAGGUGGUAAGGAACCCCGGGGGUACCCAGGAGUUGGCUUAACCACUUUACAAAUGUACCUCCCGGUGCAGACGAUUACAUUAUGUGUACACACCUGAUUGCAUACUUGUUGUGGUUGUUUGGUUCGGUUAUGUUCCCGUCGUCAUCUGGUGAUACAAUCCCCCCUAGUUAUAUAGGCAUUGCUGUUGAAAUAGCGGACACUGAUUUUCAUGAAAUUGUAGCUUAUAGCUGGGGAUCUGCGGUGCUUUGUCACACAUACAGGGGUUUGUGUGACGGCGUUCAGAAAAAGCCAACGAGAAAAGAACCGAUACUCUGUGUGUGCUACAUACUUCUACAGUUGUGGUCGUGGGAGCAUCUCCCGAUCGGACGACCGCACAUACAAAAUCCAGUCCACCCAUACGAGGUGGCUGACCCGCGGUUUGAACCAGCAACCUUUGGAAGCCGGUGGACACAUGCAAAAUUAAGUUGGGCUAGAAAGUAUGCAGCAAAGUGUUAUCCUCUAUACCACAAUGAAUUUGAGAUGUUGCAUGACACCGAGGUGAUAUGGGACCCGUUCAGUCAGGACGACAUAGUCAAUGUAGGUGGAGAUGUCGGGUUGUCGGUGCAAUGCACAUACGACUCCGGUAUCUGGAUGACGCGUUGCAAGCUAGUCUUCGCACAUAUGGUACAGCCAUACGAGCCUGAACGGGUCAUGCGGCAGUUUGGUCUUUUCCAGGAGGUACCGCCGCCCCCUCCCAGAGGGAUUUCACAUGAUGUCCAUACGCAAACAAAUCAAGGCAAGAACCGACACAACUGGCGACUAGCAAAUCAAACUUGGAUACAGGCUUGGAGCGAUGCUUUAACCGACACUGUCAACGAAGCUAGAGGUUACGACCCGCGAACAUACGAAGAAUACUUGGAGUGGUACGUCCAAAGCACGCGCGUGAGGCUAACACAAGGUCCACCACAGAGGCCUACUGAGCUCACGCACCAACAGCAGCAGGAAAGAGGCAUGGAUCGUGCCAUUGCGAGUCGUCGUGAUGACACGGUUGACAAGGCCAACAGUAUCAUGCUCGAUGCACAUGAUAUAAUUAAAGAGAACCCACCAAUACAUCAUCACCUGAAGACAAAACUAAAAAAUAUUAUGGACAAUGCAAAGGACAUUGUUGCCAAUUGGAGUUGUGGCCGUGCCGAUGACGUCAACUUACGCGCAUACCACAUGCCAGAAGUCCGGUCGGCACGACCGAGUGAGGCACGCUCUUCACGGCCCAGUGAUGUGGAGACUGGUAGACGAGUAGACUCAACGUUGUUGCGUACGUCGUCGAGGACUCCUAUACAACGGUCUAUGUCCGGCGCUUCAAGAUUACAAAAUGUUACUCCUAUACAGCGGUCUCUGUCCGGCGCUUCACGAUUACAAAAUGUUCAGUAUGGCCUACAAACGACAUGGGAAGAGAGCCCGCCACAAGGGACUACUGGAGGGACCAUGGCAGGGUCCCCGUACAAUGCCCAGUUCACUGCUGCCGGAGGGACCUUGGCAGGAUCCUCGUAUGAUCAUGGCCAUGGAUAUGAGGCCCAUUUCACUACUCAUGGUGAAGAAGACUGGGGUUGGCGAACGGGCGAGACUCAUACACAAGUCCAUCAACAGAUACCGUUCGAACUAUUCCAAGGGUACUCCUGUGGCGCACAGUCAUCGCAAGCAGUUCACAUUUCUUCAUAUCCACCGCCAGAAUCUACACAGCCUCAUGAUGCGGAUUUUGUCGAUUACUUUAGCGUUGACCAUGAUAUUUCUCGUAGUCUUAUUCAUGAGACGCCAACGGUACCACAAGAGACACCGGAACACAAUCUCCGCACCAACCCACGAGCACCGUCACCACUCACUUACUCGGCCGAUCACUGUGCACGAAAAAAAACAAAAGCACGGAAAACUACAUCAGGGAGAGGGAGAGGAGAAUGAUUAUGCUACUGUAUGUAAUGUAUAUCUUCUGUUGCGACUUCUUUAAAUAAUUGCCAUGGACGUCGACCAACUCUUUAUAAA